AUGAACAACUAUCUGUCUUCACAAAAAGAUCAGAUUUUCAAAAAUGUUCAGGUGUUAAUUUACGUUUUUGAUGUUGAGAGUAGAGAAUUUGAAAAGGAUCUGGGUUAUUACCAAUCCUGUCUUGAAGCUCUACUGCAUAACUCGCCGAAUGCCCAGGUUUUCUGCCUCAUCCAUAAGAUGGAUCUCAUUGAAGUGGAUCACCGAGAUCAGACAUUUGAGGAUCGUGCUUCGCUCGUUUUACGAUUUACCGAAAUGGCUGCUGGUCCAGAUCGCGCACAUGCUGUCUGUCAAUGCUUCCGAAGUAGCAUCUGGGAUGAGACUCUGUAUAAAGCUUGGUCCGCAAUCGUAUACAAACUCAUACCAAAUGUAAGUAUAAUGGAGCAAAAGUUGAAGCAGUUUGCUGCUAUACUGGAUGCAGAUGAG